AUGUCGCUGGUUCACGCGCAAGCCCUACUUGGUAUUUUGAGAAUCCCGUACUCGUAGUCGUACUCUUCUCAGAAUCCAAAGCUCUCUAAUAUUCUAUUAUUGUCUUUUUUUACGUAGACCCUCCAGUCGUAACACACAUUUCUAACAACCAGAUACUGAAUGCAGGCUCCAGUGUGACUCUCAACUGCUCAGCAGAUGGUAAUCCACCUCCAGUAAUCAGCUGGACAAGGGUUUCUGAUAACAGUGCUGUCAUUUUUCCUUUGACCGAUAUUGGGCAAUUGGAUGAAGGAGCCUACAGAUGCACUGCUUAUAAUGGUGUUGGAAGUGUUGUUACUAGAGAUUCGUCCGUAUUUGUACAUUGUGAGUCCUCUUUGCACUGCUUUGACACUAAUACGUCUUUAUACAUUACGCAUGUGGGCUAGUUUACAGAAGACUAGAAGGGUUUUGUCUGCAUUACGGGAGGAAAACAAUUUUGCCUUCCUUUAAUACAUGUACACUUACAUGUGUAUUUGGGUAGCGUUAGCAAAAUUACAUUGGGGAUCUUACUGUAUAGCUAAUAAACAUCACACUUUUAGUUGACUUUGUACUUUGUUUUUGAACGUAUCUGUUCAGUCGGCGUCUUGCCGUACAGCUCAGUUCAAAGUGGCUGUCACACUUGGCUCUGUAUUUUUCUCGUUAAGUUCCCGUCCGAUCGAAUUGUUUUUACCUUAUAUUCUAUAGAAAUUAUGGGAAAGCGGGGUCAGUGUACACGAAAAUAGAUAAGAGUUAAGAGUUCAUUGUAAGGGAAACCUCAACUCUUACCUUACAGUUAUUUUCGGUUAUCAAUUUUAGUUCCUCCAUCGAUCGAACCUUUGGAAGAAAGAAAAGUUGUCAUUAGAGGGGAAUCUCUUACUUUAUUUUGCAAUGUCUCUGGGAAGCCAGCACCAGUUGUCUUUUGGACGCACGUUGAAAGUAACGACAAGUUAAGCAAUAGCAAAUGGGAAAUAAAGUUUGCUACAGAAAGGGAUGUUGGAAGAUAUCGGUGUAAUGCAACUAAUAUCUACGGACAUGCCAGUGACACCAUCGAGAUCUUAUUGUUACGUAAGUGCCUGAUUGUAAAGUCACGUAACUAUGCGUAACAACUUUCUUAUGGAAGAGGUUUGUUAUUACUUACGAUCCUUUGGAAUUUUCUAACGAUAGUUAUAAUAAUUAUUAUGGUAGCCGUUGAUGGUAACAGUUCUUUCCGAGAAGGAUUCGUCCUUUGACAGAUCUGCAGGUCCCCGUAUCUAUGCUAUAAUCUUAAGGUAUUUAACUGGCCUACAAAGGGUUUGUUUCAUUCAGCAAAUCUAUUCUUAGUAACUUUACCAUUUUGCCAUCAAUCGUGUAACUCCAACAUGCUACAUAAAACCCACACACGGCCCGCAAUCACCUGAUUCGCACUUAUAUGUUAGGGUUAACGCUCGAAACAAACGCCAUCUUUUCAAUUUUUCUACACUCUGGAAGAAAAAAUAAUAAGAAUUAAAUAAUAAACUAAAAUUUUGCCUUUCAUUCGCUUACUGCUAGCAUACCACGGUUUCGUAGGAAAAAAAUUCUUUUUUUAUCUAGUUUUACGUUAGCUGCUGUGGUUAAUUCUUUUAAGAAACAUCUUGCAAAAUCUUAAAAAAUUAUACGUUAUAUACUUCUUUUUAGACGUUUUCAGAGCAUUUUCUCUUUAUAACUUUAUUUGCCGCGUUUUUAAAGUGAUUUCAUAUUUGGAUGUUACAAAUAGGAUCAAUAUAAAUUGAUAUUUUUUUUUGUUUUGUUUUUUUAAGAGACUGCCAUACCUUUUUCAACAACAGUUUCAUCUAAUACCGGAAUGCUUAACAAAGAUGCAAUAUAUGGACCGGUCAUUGGAAUAAUGGGAUUGAUCGUUAUUUCAGCUUUAAUAUACUUGGUAAUGAAGUACCAGAGACGUAAGUAACAUGAAUCAUUUUCAUUUCUCAUUUGAUUUGGAAUGCAAAACAAGUUUUCAAUGCAUUUUAGACAUCAAACUCAAUACAUUAGGCAACCCAAUCAUCCUUGUUUCCUUCGAGUGUCACAAAUCUUCCCAACUCAACAUGGACUUCUGCAAGCCUUUUCUACUAGGCUGUACGUUUCCUUUAUCAUUUUCUUUCAGUAUGUGACAACACAACUCCCAAACAUUUGCCUAGGUUAAGUACUAAACCUAACACUCCAAUAGUUUGGUUACUAGUGGCUUCCACGUGGCAAUUAGAAAUUUGUAAACAUCUAUUUUUUUUCGUUCUUGAAAUUAGGUCAUCGAGCUGAUAGGUAAGUUGCAAACGCCACCUAAUGUCUAUAUGACUUUGUAUACUUGUAUUAUGUCUAGUAAACAAUGUAGAGUAUACGUCACUGCUUCUAUCUGAUAAGAUGUUUUAUUUACUUAGACAAUAUAAUAGUCAAAGGGAAUUACACAGAUCUCACCUGGUAAGUACUAAAACUGGGGAGACAGGCUGAGGCCUUAGGAUAAAUAACUUAGCAUAUUCAUACCCAUUACUUCAUUUUAUCGAAAAAGCUAUUAAGUCCUCUGCGGUUGGCGAUAAUUUUUCUAAAAUUUCUACAAGGUAUUAUGUCAAUUAACAGAACCAAGGUUUCCAAAAUGAAAGCGGGAACAAUGGAGAGCGUGAAAUUCCCGUUCCAAGACAUUACAUGGAGUUGGGAGAAGUUACAGAGUUCCCUGGCGAAUCAGCAGAAACAGGAACAGAGGCAUCACCUGAUUUGGAGAUUAAUGAAUAUGCACCAUUGCAUCCAGCAACUCGAUCCUGGGAAGUUCCAAGAGAAAACGUCACCAUUGAAAAGGUGAUUGGAAAAGGUUCAUUUGGACAGGUUGCUCAAGCAACAGCCUCAGAGCUGCGAGGGAGACAUGGAACGACAAGAGUGGCCAUUAAGAUGUUGAAAGGUACCCUAUCAGGCUAAGACUGUGUUAUGUUUUCCUUUUCAUGGCAUGUGUCUUUAAAGAAGAUCCGGUUGCAGAAGGGGCACACCUGGGACACCAAACAACUGUACGAUAACGACAACAAAUAUAUAACAUGGUUCUGACCCGCAACUGUAGCAGGAACACGGAGAGUGACGGGUCAGGCACAGAUAAGAUAGUAAUUUAUAUUAAUUACAUGAUAUGCAUAUAAGUUAAAAGAAGGUUGGAAGAGAAAAAAGAAAGAAUAAAAUUAUACUUUUAUAUUAAACGAAAUUAGAUGGCAUUUUCAACAAUAGUGGCAAUAGCGGCUAGGUUUUUUAACCUUUGUAAACGAAAGAGGAGAAUAAUAUCUACAUUAUUAAGAAGUGAAUUGACAUGGAUUUAUAUUACUGUUACUGUUAUCAUUGAGGCUAAAAAGAUCGCCGGAUAUCAUAAAAGCUAGUGAGUCUAUCAAGAUAUAUCUUACUUAGUAAAUAGGGGUUAAGGAGAUGGUUAGAGAAAUUUACUAACACGUCCGUAUUUUCACCUGCACUAGAGUACGUCCGCACCACUAGGAAUGCAAAAUAGCGAGCAAACGCGCAGAAAAUCCCGGAGUAAAAAAAAAUUAACAUACCGUUUUAGUAGUCAUUUCGUCUUUUUAGGCUAUCACUAAGAAUUAGACAUUUCCGUGAAGAUACAUACAAUUAGGAGACGAAUUGAAAAGCUUGUAUUGGAGGUUCGUUUGGUUCUAUUUUCUUCAUGUUUCCCAUGAAAGAAGCCAGGCUGAGUUCAUGCUUGUACUGUAGUACCUAGAGAAAAACGUGUCCUCUCGCUAAUGAUAACCCUGUCUGGUUAAAAUGGGAGUUACACUUUACGAUUUUCCUUAGUGCGUCUUAAACUUGCAGAUAACGCCUGCGAGACUGACAGAGAAGAUUUGAUGUCAGAACUUGAAGUGAUGAAGAAACUUAAACCUCACCCACACGUUAUAAAGCUGAUGGGAUGUGUUACUGAAAGCGGUAACAAUAUUUACAUAAUCAUGUAACGUGAUGGUUUUAAUUUCAAAAUAAUCCUUCGGCAAAAAAUGCUAGGAUAUAUUCGCUGAUUGCCUUUGACAUCUAAAGAUAAACUCUUUUAACGACAUUGAAGCGCCCAAAGAGUCCACGUGACACGAAAUUAAAUUUAACCUCUGUUUUAGUUGUAGGUCUAAAAAAAUCUAUCCAGUCUGUAAACCUGCUGAACAUGUUUCUGGAGUCACUUUUUGGAGUUUGAAAUAUACGCGUUUAUCUUAAAAAAUGUACCCCGGCAUCGCGCAGCCAAACAUAUACUAUGCUAACAAGUCUUACACCUGUGGCGUUCAAUAAAUUCCUGCAUUCUAGGUAUAAGUACGCACAAUAAACAGGGCCUUGUGGGUCAGAUUUGUGUAGUGACGCCGUUCAGGGUUGACUUUGCUGACCCAAAACUAGAACUCGUCUUCAUACCCCGCACAGCGAUAGGAGAGCUAUCUUAAACAAAGCAGCAUGAAGACAUCUGCUCCAAAAUUUUAAAAUUAAUUAGAUUCCUUUAAACUGUUCGAGCCAUAACCAUUUCUGGAUACCGGUUUCGCGCAUUUUGAUUGGUUGAAGUCAAAACCAAAACAAAAUAAACUUGGCCGAAGAAUACUGGAAAUAAGUAGAGGCUGGAUAUAUUUUUGAUGACAGCCAUUUGCGGCAAUCGGCCGAAACAAAAUUCAGUAAUAAACACUGCAUGGAAAGAGAGCAAAAAAAUAAUUCAUUUAUUUGAAAAAUUCAGCAUACAAGCCUUGACAUUACCCCAGUCUGAAAGAGUGAAGCGGAUUCUUUCCAGUACAAAUUCAACUUUGGAACGUGUUUGUCUUUGAUCCGCCGAGCCAUAGAAAAUGCCCCCCCGGGGGGGGCGGGGGGGUGGUCUCUCUUACUGGAUUUAGUCGCAUUUUCACGACUGUAGUGACUAUAAUGGGGUCGCAUUUUCAAUGGAGUUACUAGAAUGGGGUCGCAGACUGUCGGAUUUUUGGGGUAAGUAGAGAUUAAAAAUGGGAAGAUUCUCGGUUAAAAAAAAAAUCAGAAACUUGUUGUUUAUUAAAUUUAACAAUAAGCUCGCAUUGAUCGAAAUAAAAACGGCCGCUUGAAACCACAUUGAAAAGGUAGUUAGAUGUAUAAAUAAAAAGUGACUAAUUUGGGAUCGCGAAAAUUACAUUUUCCAAAAAAUGACGGUCUAUAAUGGGGAAGGAGCUUGGAGAGGCCAGAGACACAUACCCAGCAAACAUUAUCCCAAGUACAACCCCCACCUCCCAGGAGAAAAUGCUGCAAACUGCAUCGCACCAGAGUUCAAAUCCUGUAUUUAAAGAAAAAAAAAAACAGAAAAUAGGUCAGCUUCAUGACUUCUCAACGUGACACCAGCGGCAAAAUAGGAUUUUCUACCCGUCAGAAAGAAAAGAGUCCGAGAAAGUGACAUUUUACAUUAUGAGGUAAAAGUCGUUCAGUCCUACAGACCCCGCCGUUUUAUACCAUGUUAAUUCGGGCCAGUAAAUCACUAUACGGGAAAAUUCAGCACCCUGAAAACAACGCGUGACAAGGCAUAGCAGGAAAUCAUCAAAGGUCAGUUCCUGUCCGAAACAAAAAGCACAGGAAAGGACCUCUAAUUGUGAGGCAAACAGCGAUGAUCCCGGCAAUGAUAAGAUUUGCUUAGUUAAAGUUUGUAAUCCUCUACAGUUUAAUCUACCCGCUAGUAAGAGGUUUAACAGAACGUGACACGUCACCAUCCUGCUCCACAUCGUAUUUUUCCCACGAAGACGACAAACUGUAAUGUUUUUAUUCAUUCAUGCCUGGAAUCUCAACGACACGAACGUACAUAAGCUUACACACGUGUUAUAAAUGCAGUUUUCAAAACUCCGUAAUAUCAGGCCAUGUUAUCUGGAUUUUAAGUUCAAAAAAUAACAAAAAUUUGCAAUGCCUUGCAACACAAACGGUUGUAAAGUAAAGAUUACAAAAGUCUCCGACAGCUCUGAACAAAGAAAGGCAGCGCCUAGUUUGUUCCCUAACUAGACUUUUAACGCCCGAGCACUCGAAAUAAGUCUUGGGCACUCGACAGGAAUUUCGACAAAUCGGAAGCAAAUUCAUUCUAGUUUUUUAAAAUAUUUUUUGUAGGAACCAAAACAAAAAUGAAAAAGAAUGCUAUAUACCUGAAAACAAUAACUUAAGAGAGGCAACUCCUCAGUCGGCGACCUCACAGAUGCCCCGGCCUUUGCUCAACUUUUCCACUGAGUUUCUCCUUGCAAUCACAGCCGAAGCUGUCACCUACAUGCAUUCGCUUGUUGUAUUUAGUCACUCUUUGCCUUUAAUUUUGCAAAGUUUCAAGGAAAAUAACUGAGGACUAAAUCCACUAAGGCUCAAAUAAGAGUAGUAAAAGACGAGGCCGAGACCAGAAGCCAUUUUUGAUGACGUCAGCAGUAUCCAGAAAUGGUUAUGACCUGGACUGAUAAAGAGGUUUAGCACCCUUGAGGGACUUAUUAGAUCAGGAGCCAGUCUGAUAUAUAUGAAUUUAAGUUUCUAUUUUCUUAUAUCAUUAUAUGGCCUUUUUUCACAGAUCCGAUACUUGUUAUCAUUGAAUAUGUCCCGUAUGGUGAUCUCCUGGGGUACCUUAGAAGGAGCCGUGGGCUGAACGAUACAUAUUUUAAGGACCCGGAUGUUAAGCCUCAAACAAGUCUGACGUCACAGCAGCUGAUGAAGUUCUCUUGGCAUGUGGCUGAAGGAAUGAGAUAUUUGUCUUCCAAAAAUGUUAGUUUUAAUUUCUUCCGCAGAAACCUUCAUAAUAAGGUAUUUCUGAAUGGUGCAUGUAUUAUGCUGAGCAAAUGAUACUAAUUGCAAUGAAUUGUGGGACCUCGUAAAUAUCAAGUAUGCGGUUUCAGCGUAUCCGGAUUCGUGUAGUUGAUUAAUUGACGUAGUUGAUUAACACGUUGGCAAGUUGAAAAUACAUGUAGUGCAUGUCGAGAAUUGCGAACUAGAAGAUAUUUAAAAUGUUUGCUGCAGUGAUUAAAUAAAUAUAGUUUAUUGUUUGUUCUAGAUAAUUCAUCGAGACCUUGCCGCUCGCAAUGUUUUGGUUGGGGAGCAAGAAGUAUGCAAGGUUACCGACUUCGGAAUGGCGAGAGUUGUAAAUCAGGAAAAAAUUUACCAGAAGAAGAGCGAGGUUUGUGGAAUGCCUUGUCAAAAAGUAAUUCUCCUUGGACAUAUCUGUCAUUUAACUGUUUAAUGUUCCGAUAACUGCAGGUAGGAUCGGGAGUUCCUUCACUUGAGUUCAGUAAUCUCAUCAACGACAAUAACACUGAUACCUUUCAAAUGCUUUAUAAAAAAACUAGAAAAGUCAGAAAACUAGAACGGCUGUUUUCCUGUUGACUGUUGACUUUCCAACUCAAGCUUACUCCGCUUCCAAGAAAAGGAAUAUGUGGAGAUGUCAUGUGAAUCUCAAAUGGUGAAUUGGUUUGUUUUGCUUCUUAUUAUGCAUUAUUAUUCAUUCAAAAUAUUUCCCCGAUUCUGAUUGGGUAAAAGCACACGCCUAAUUCACCAUAACCAGUUACUGAU